UGUCGUUUUACUGAAGGUCCGCACACCUCGUCCGCGACUGAGAGAGAGAGAGAGAGACUUUAGGGUUUUUCCUUUUCGCGUGGGAGAAGAACAUAACUUUUUAGGGCAACGAAUCUGAUCGGCUGCAAUGAUUUACGACGUCAACUCACCCCUCUUCCGCUCAUUCCUUAGCCAGAAGGGUGGCUCCUCAGACAAGAGGAAAAUGGAAGAGCAGAAACCAAAGGAGCAGAGACCCAAAGCAAGUGAGAAUAAGCCUAUUAUGACAGAAUGAUAUCUGUUAGGGCUAUUAUGUCUUAAAUGGGGUAGGAUAGUGGAUGUCCUAGCUGCUAUGGUAAGUGUUGGUGGUUACUUGAUUUAACCAUGCCGCGAUUACUUGUCUCAACCCACGGUUACAGACUUUACUUUUGAGUUUGUAAUGGUCUCUGUUUGGACAUGGAUGUUAUCUCUAUUUUCUAAUGCCAUAACUUUCCUUUGAAAAAAGACAAGCCACUUGUUUAUGCAUGUGGCUCUUGUACUUCUUGUUGUUCUUUUUCCCUAAUUUUCUUUAGGUUCUUCUCUUUAAUGGAAUGAUCAAGGACUGGUGGUUGACUUAAAAA